AUGGCUGGGGUCGGACCAUCAGGUAGUGAUAUUCAGAAGAGUGAAAACAAUGAUCCCAUGAACAAUACGGGGAAUGAGAUCUUUGACCAUGACAUGGAUGAUACUAGUAACGCCAGGGUUGAUCAUGAACUCGAACCUCUAAAUGUUGUGGAAGAGUCUACACAUGCAGGUGAUAAGAUGGAGAAUGACAACAAUCUAGGGUUUGAGCCUGAUGUGAAUCCAAAGAUUAAUGGCGGUUCACAAAACAAUGAAAAUGCUGGUUCCCCUCCAUUAUCUCCAAGAACUCCUCAGUCUCCUCCCUGCAAUGAUUGCUCAUCACCUGACAAUUACCUCUCAGAUUGUGGUUCAUCCUCAAGUGUUGGAAGCAAUUUUCAGCGAGCAAGUGACCUUCUUAUGGCAGUCUCAGUGUCAGCUGAUGUAUACAAGAUGAAAAUCACUAAGCUUGUUGUUGCAGCCAUGGAAGAGUUAACAAAAAUGGCCCUUAAGGGAGAACCUUUAUGGCAACUCCAAAAAAAUGGAAAAACUGAACUUCUAAAUGACGUUGAAUACAUGGGGCAAUUUGGGCAUGUUGAUGCCACAUUGAAGGAGAUAAUGAAAAUGGUUGAGGUGAGAGAACCUCCUCAAUGGAUGCCAAGCUUAGACAAUACUUCUGAGUGCUCGUUUGAAAGUGGAUACAAGCCAAUUUCAUGUAACGGACAUGAAUCAGAACCCCUUCGUAUUGAAGCUUCACGUGAAACCAGUCACGUUAGAAUGAUUCCAAUCGGUCUUGUUGAAAUGCUUAUGGAUUUGAAGCAGUGGUCAUUGGUAUUUUCCAAUAUUGUUUCAAAAGCAAUGAUACUAGGAAUCUUGUCAUCAACUGGAAAGGAAGGAAACUAUGAUGGAACUUUGCAAGUGAUGACAGCAGAAUUUCAUAUCCCUUCACCACUUGUUCCAGUUAGAGAGAGUUAUUUUGCAAGAUACUGCAAACAGGUAGCCCCCGGGACCUGGGGAAUCGUUGAUAUAUCUUUGGAAAAAUUAUUCUCGUAUCCGUCAGUUACCUUUCGGAGAAGACCAUCAGGCUGCUUAAUUCAAGAAAUGCCAAAUGGGUACUCUAAGGUUAUAUGGGUUGAGCAUGUGGAAGUGGACAAUGGAUCAGUGCACAAGCUUUUUCAGCCACUAGUGGCAUCUGGUUUUGCAUUUGGUGCAAAGCGUUGGGUUAACAGCAUAGUUCAACAAUGUGUAAGGCUUGCAACUUUAAUGGCUAGAAGCACCCCCACCGAUACUGGAGUACUAAUACCACAAUAUGGGAGAACAGGGCUGCUGAAGCUCUCUGAAAGAAUGAUGAGAACCUUUUGUAUUGAUGUUUGUGCUUCUGCAUCAAACUUAUGGAUGCCUAUACCUAGAUAUGGGGCUGAAGAUAUGAGGAUCAUGACCAAAUAUAGCAAAUAUGAACCUGGAAUACCUCCUGGUCCAUCAGUAGUUUUUGCUACUUCUGUCCAGAUUCCAGCCUCGCAAAAGAGAAUAUGUAAUUUCCUCCAACAUGCUAAUUCUCGAAACAAGUGGGAUAUCCUUUCGUACGGAUACAGCAUCAAAGAACUUGCAUACAUUAUUAAUGGCGAGGAUCCAGGAAACCGCAUUUCUAUAAUCCAAGUGAUUGAUACGCCAGUUCUGUAUUUGCAAGAGAGUUACAGUGACACAACAGGCUCCUAUGUAGUUUAUGCACCAAUGGAUGCUUACGCCAUGUCCAUUGUGUUAAAUGGCGGAGACCCAGAUACUGUGGUUAUCUUGCCCUCAGGAUUUGCUAUCCUCCCUGAUAAGCCAACACCAGAGGGAGAAGAAAAUAGUGCAAGUCUUUUGACUCUUGGAUUCCACAUAAUUGAUGGUGCAUCAACCAAGAACUUCAUCCCUUCUGAAUCAAUAGAUAUGAUGCAUCAAAUCCUCGCCGAAACUUCCUUCUCGAUUAUGACUGCUAUGAUAUCACCAAAACAUUAA